CAGUUUUAACUAUCAAGGGAACGGAUCAACAGUUGCCAUGGUGACCAGAUAUUCUUACGUUUGGUUGUUGGUUGGAGUUUCAUCACUGCUUCUUGCUCGGAGUAUUUGUGAGGGAUGUUCAUGCAUGGAGUCCCAUCCUCAAGAACAUUUCUGCACGUCAGAUUUCGUGGCGUUAAUGAAGGUGAAAGGUCCUGGAAAAAGGUGACUACGGGAGAAACAAAUAUUACGAGAUUCGAGUAAAAAAGGAAUUUAAGAUGACGGACAAAGCACGGCAAGCGUUGAGUCAUGGAUUUAUUCGAACUUAUCCAAAUAGUUCUCUCUGUUCCAUUUCUCUCAAGCCGACCCGAUAUCUUAUCGCAGGAAGUUUAAUUGGAGAAAAACCAUGGACUUCUCUGUGCCAUUUUGUCAAAGAGUGGACUACACUAACCAGAAAACAGAAAAAAGGGUUUCGGAAACUGUAUCAGCAUGGCUGUGGAUGUACUAUGGUUAGAACACCUAUGCAUAUGCGAAUGAUAUUGCAAAGACCAAUGACAGAAAACGUGAGAUACUGCCUUUGGCAGAGAGACUGGGAACGUGACAUUGAUUGCCAAGCCUUGCACUCUGUCUGUAUUCCAGAUCACCACGAAAGUAACACUUGCAAAUGGCUACCUAACCGAGUUUAUAAAGGUUGUGUCAAACAACAUCAGAAGUGGCUGGAGAGAAGAAGAGAACGUGAACCUUAAGCGCUGCUAGGCGGCACCACCGUCAGUUAUUCUGUCUAAAUAACCUAACUGCAAUAAAAAACCGUGAUUUUUGUGAUGUACAAAAAACACUGUAAAAGUUGAAAAUUAUAGCAUUUUAUUAUAGACUCUCGUAAUAUAAAAAGAUGUAAUAAUAAUAAUAAUAAUUCACGUGACGGUGUACAAAGUCUAAUCUAAUACUUUUAUCAAAAUAUCUUAGUACAAAUUUUCAUUCAAAGACCCCCCCCCCCAGAAAAAGAAAAGAUCUAGAACUAAACUCACGCCUUUAUUUCUAUAAGCAAACCACACAUAAA